UCUUCACUUUCAUCUCCCAACAAAAAAAACUCCAAAAAAGAAAAACGAUAAAACAAAAGCUCUGGAUUCAGAAUCACAGAUCAAGAAAAAGACGAUGCCAAUAAAGGUAUUGUCAUCCCUAGACGCAGCUCGAAUACAAUGGUACCAUUUCAAAGCCAUCAUAGUCGCAGGCAUGGGACUAUUCACCGACGCUUACGACCUCUUCUGCAUCGCGCCCGUCAUGAAAAUGAUCAGCCACGUUUACUACCACGGCGACUCCAUCAACACGGCCGUUCUCUCCACUUCUUACGCCAUCGCUCUCCUCGGGACAGCGACGGGUCAACUCGUGUUCGGUUACCUCGGCGACCGGGUCGGUCGUCGCCGAGUCUACGGCCUUUGUCUCGUCAUCAUGAUCAUAAGCUCCUUCGGUUGUGGCUUCUCUGUGUGCACCACUCGGAGGUCUUGUGUUAUGGUUAGUCUCGGUACUAUAAUGUCCGAGUUCGCUAAUAAGAGGACGCGUGGCGCGUUUAUAGCUGCGGUGUUCUCGAUGCAAGGGUUGGGGAUUCUUGUGAGCUCAGCCGUGACGAUGGCUGUUUGUGUGGCGUUUAAAAGAGGUGGCGGCGGUGGUUCAUUGGACGAGGAGGAGGCUCCGCCUGAAGCUGACGUGGCGUGGAGGCUUAUACUAAUGAUAGGUGCUCUUCCCGCUGCAUUGACGUUUUACUGGCGAAUGCUGAUGCCUGAGACCGCAAGAUACACAGCACUUGUGGAAAACAACAUAGUCCAAGCAGCAAAAGACAUGGAAAGAGUCAUGUCAAUAACUGAUGAUAUCUCUGAUGAAACAACGACGGAGACACCACCACCACCUCCUCCUCCUUUGCCGCCUUCAUACACACUCUUCUCCCUUCGCUUCCUCCGCCUCCACGGCCGCGACCUCUUUGCCGCAUCUGUUAAUUGGUUCCUAGUAGACGUUGUUUUCUACACAAGCAACCUCCUCCUCUCCCAAAUCUUCAGUCACUACUCGGAUAAACCUUCUUCCUCCACCGCUGAGAAUGUCUACGACGCAGCCUUCAGAGUGGCGGAACUAGGAGCCAUCAUAGCCGCUUGCUCCACCAUUCCCGGUUAUUGGUUCACAGUUUACUUCAUCGACAAGAUAGGUCGGGUUAAAAUCCAGAUGAUGGGGUUUUUCUUCAUGGCCGUUGUGUAUUUGGUCGCAGGGAUACCGUACACUUGGUACUGGUCGAAGCAUGAGCAGACAAAGAAAGGCUUUAUGGUUCUCUACGGUUUGGUUUUUUUCUUUUCUAACUUUGGUCCCAACACUACAACUUUUAUCAUACCCGCUGAGCUUUUUCCGGCUAGGUUUAGGUCGACAUGUCACGGGAUAUCUGGAGCCGCGGGUAAGCUUGGGGCUAUUGUGGGCACUGUUGGGUUCUUGUGGGCUACGGAGAAGGCAGACGAUGGCGAUAAUAUGAACCGUAUGAGAGCUGCUUUCUUGAUACUUGGUGGAGUUUGCAUUGCUGGAAUAUUCGUGACGUAUUUCUUCACCAAGGAAACUAUGGGAAGAUCGUUAGAGGAGAAUGAGCACCAACAAGAACAAGUUAACAAUGAUGAGAGUGAAGAUGAGCCACAUAUUGUUGACGGACAAUCAUCGGAAAGCACUUUGCUUCAGACACAAUGAUGACCGAGAUACCAAACUCAUGUACGGUUCAAGUUUAGUAGACAAAGGAAACCACUUUUGUAUUUAUUUUUACAAUUACUUCUGACCCAGGAAACUGUUUAAUGUACGUUUCUUUUGUUUUCUUUAUGUACU